UUUUUGAAGUACGGUAUGGCUAUCGGUUGAAAAACGAAGGAUUUGGCAAGGAAAUUUAGAAUUUUUGAUUUUUUUUGUAUGAUUAGCAACACGUUUUGAGCAGAAAAUGUCACUUCGUCCACGCAGGGUGGAUUUUGACCAAACAUGGUCCACACUUUUAGAGACUGUAAAUGGUGUAAUAACAUGCGGAAGUGUAGCCAGGGCAACAUGGAAUGACCGUUUCUCUGACGUGUAUGCGCUUUGUGUGGCAUGUCCAGAGCCUCUGGGUGAUAGACUGUAUCAUGAGACCAAGACUUUCCUAGAGAACCAUGUCAAGUCACUUUAUCAGAAAGUUGUGGACAGCAAUGAGGAAAAUUUGCUCACAGUUUACCAGAGGCAUUGGGAACAGUACAGUAAAGGGUCCAGUUUUCUUAAUCAACUGUAUGGUUAUUUAAACACAACUUUCAUCAAAAAACAGAAGUAUAGUGAUGCUGACUUGAACUAUGGAGGCUUCACUGUAGAAUUAACCGAUCAAAUGCUCGAGAUUGGAGAGCUUGCUCUGGAUACAUGGAAGAAAUUCAUGAUAGAACCAUUAAAGAAUCACCUGCUGGUUCUGAUACUUCAAGAAAUUAACAGUGACAGACACAAUAAUUGUGUCAAUCAGACAGUUUUACAUGGUGUAAUAACCUCAUUUGUUGAUGUGGAAGAAUACAAAAAGAAGUCCCCUCUACAGCUGUAUGAAGACGUGUUUGAGAGUCAGUUCCUCAAGGAGACUGGAGACUACUACAGGAGUGAGGCCGCUAAAUUAAAAGAUGAGUGCACAUGCUCAGAAUACAUGGAAAAGGUUAUAAAGAAACUGCAGGAAGAAGAUUUUCGAAGUCGGAAGUUCUUACAUCCUAGCUCAUACGGGAAAGUUACCCAUGAAUGUCAACAAAGAAUGGUUGCUGAUCAUCUGUUGUUUCUUCAUGGUGAAUGUAGGGAGAUGGUACAGAUUGAAAAGUUGCAAGAUUUAGAAAACAUGUAUACAUUGUUGAAACCUAUACACGGUGGUCUAGCCUUACUGGUACAAGAAGUUGAGGAACAUAUAAAAACGAUGGGAAUGGAGGCAGUCAGAAAUCUCAAAGGGGAUAAUGUACCUACACAGUUUGUGGAGAGUAUGUUAGCUGUCCAUCAGAAAUAUACAGAACUUAUCAAAAAAGUGUUCAGAAAUGAUCAACAGUUUGUUGGUGCACUUGAUAAGGCAUGUGCAACAGCCAUUAAUUAUAAAUCCAAUCCUAAAAUGCCCUGCAGAUCACCAGAACUGCUUGCAAAAUACUGUGAUAACUUACUAAAGAAAAGCUCAAAAGGUUCAUCAGAAACAGAGUUAGAUGACAAACUAGGGAGCUGUAUAACUGUGUUCAAAUACCUAGAUGAUAAAGAUGUUUAUCAGAGGCACUAUUCAAGAAUGUUAGCAAAGAGACUUAUACAUGGCCAGACAGCUUCCAUGGAUGCUGAAGAGAUGAUGAUUAAUAAACUGAAGCAAGCAUGUGGUUAUGAGUUUACCAACAAACUUCAUAGGAUGUUUACUGAUAUGACUGUGAGUAAUGGUCUUCAAGACGAUUUCAGUCAAUUCCUAAAGGAAGGUCCUACAGAGCUCGGUCUCAACUUCUCUAUACUAGUUCUCCAGGCUGGUGCCUGGCCCUUAGGACAGAGCAAUCUUCCUACAUUUGCAAUACCUCAGGAACUAGAGAAAAGUGUUAGUGAGUUUGAAAAAUUUUACAACAGGAAAUAUAGUGGUAGAAAGUUAACUUGGAUGCACGCACUUUGUACAGCUGAAUUAAAGUUAAACUAUCUGAAGAAACCAUACAUUGUUACAAUGGGAAGUUUCCAGAUGGCAAUCUUACUGAUGUUUAAUGAGUCGGAGUCUGUGAGUUACAAGGAAGUCACAAGACAUACACAGCUCAGUGAGAAAGAAAUGACAAAACAAGUGCAGUCACUGAUUGAUGCAAAAAUUCUCAACUUUGAGGACACCGUGACAACAGAAUCUGUGUUUCAGCUGAAUAUGGCAUAUGCAAAUAAAAGAACAAAGUUCAAAAUCACAGCCGCUAUACAGAAAGAAACUCCUCAGGAGCUUGAACAAACAAGAAGUGCAGUUGAUGAAGAUAGAAAGAUGUACAUUCAAGCAGCAAUUGUCAGAAUCAUGAAAGCUAGAAAACUUUUAAAACAUAAUUUACUAAUACAAGAGGUGAUUAGUCAAGCCAAAUCAAGAUUUGCACCAAAUAUAGCGAUGAUUAAAAAAUGUAUAGAAGCCCUUAUAGACAAGCAAUAUCUUGAACGGACUCAAAACUCCACAGACGAGUAUAGUUACAUAGCAUAAAGUUCUCUGUGUAUAAUGCAAGCUUCUUCAUAUGGACACUGUUGGAUUGGAAGGUGGCACAGACCUUGUACUUGUGAUAUAUGUGGAACAACACUUCUUACAGUGAAAUAAAAUCAUUUUUGGAGUAAAAACAUAUACACACAUAAUGAAUUUCAGAGCUUUUUAACAGCAAAAGUUUCAGAGCUCUGUGAGACAUGUAUAUGUAAUAAUGGUUUAAAGCCCUUUACUUUUUAAUGAAAGCAUCUUUCUUCAGAUUUUUCAAACACUACUUAAGCCAAUUUCCCAACUGUUUACAAUGAUUAUGAAGUAUUGCUGGUCCUGGCAUCAAUUCUGCAGGGUUUCGAAGUUAAGCCAUGGGUACACAUUGGCACUGAAACUUAAUAAUAGAAAAUUAUUUCCCAGUAUUAAUACACACCCUUGCUAGUAUUGAUGCGUUUCCAGUUUGUAUUGUAUCUUUAACAUAGGGAGUUGCUAAAAAUGACCUCUUGCAGUUCACAGAUAGACUACAUCCUUAACAUGUCUUGAAAAAUAUAGUUAAUUGAAAAAUAACAUUAUAUGCAGCUGCUCUCCUGUUUAUGGCUUUAAUGUAAUUGUUAUAUUUUACUAUGAGUUUAUUAUAUGACUAUGAAUUUCUGUACUUAAAUAUUUAUCACCUGUAAUAUAAAUUAGUGAAAAGAAGGAAGGAAGCAGAGAUUGGUCAAAUGGCUCUAAACUUAAGUUGUUUAAUUGGUACAUGGUUUCCAUUGUAUGUAUGCAGUAUUCAUUGUUGAUGUUUGAAGGAGAUGUAAAAAGGUUAGGAAGUUAAGCUUGUGUUACAUCUUUUUACUUUUAAAUAAACAUCGCCACUAUAUUUUUACAGAUCCAUACACUGUUUUGCUCUUCAGCAUUAGCAUUUUUAUGCCCCCGAAGGGAGGCAUAUAGUUUUUGAACCGUCUGUCUGUCGGUCUGUCAGUCUGUCGGUCUGUCCGCAUUUUUCGUGUCCGGUCCAUAUCUUUGUCAUCGAUGGAUGGAUUUUCAAAUAACUUGGCAUGAAUGUGUACCACAGUUAGACGACUUGUCGCGCGCAAGACCCAGGUCCGUAGCUCAAAGGUCAAGGUCACACUUAGACAUUAAAGGUUAUUGCAUUGAUGGGCGUGUCCGGUCCAUAUCUUUGUCAUCCAUGGAUGGAUUUUCAAAUAACUUGGCAUGAAUGUGUACCACAGUAAGACGACGUGUCGCGUGCAAGACCCAGGUCCGUACCUCAAAGGUCAAGGUCACACUUAGACAUUAAAGGUUAUUGCAUUGAUGGGCGUGUCCGGUCCAUAUCUUUGUCAUCGAUGGAUGGAUUUUCAAAUAACUUGGCAUGAAUGUGUACCACAGUAAGACGACGUGUUGCGUGCAAGACCCAGGUCCGUACCUCAAAGGUCAAGGUCACACUUAGACAUUAAGGGAUAGUGCAUUGAUGGGCGUGUCCGGUCCAUAUCUUUGUCAUCGAUGGAUGGAUUUUCAAAUAACUUGGCAUGAAUGUGUACCACAGUAAGACGACGUGUCAUGCGCAAGACCCAGGUCCGUAGCUCAAAGGUCAAGGUCACACUUAGAUGUUAAAGGUCUUUUUUCAUGAUAGUGCAUUGAUGGGCGUGUCCGGUCCAUAUCUUUGUCAUUCAUGCAUGGAUUUUAAAAUAACUACGCAUAAAUGUGUGACACAGUAGACGACGUGUCGCGCGCAAGACCCAGCUCCGUAGGUCAAAGGUCCUAAACUCGAACAUCGGCCAUAACUAUUCAUUUAAAGUGCCAUCGGGGGCAUGUGUCAUCCUAUGGAGACAGCUCUUGUUGAAAUUUUGAUAGUUUAUGUCGUAUAAGCGUUAGGCUUUGAUCACUGACUGGAAAAGAAUAGAUUUUGAUACAUGAAUUUGAUCACCAACUGGAAAUUAAUAGAUUUCAACUUGUGACUUUGUUCUCCUGCUGAAACAGAAUAGAUUUUGACAUGUGACUGAUCGAUUUAGAUACGCACAUAAUUGUACAAAAGGCAAUGAGUGUUUUGAUGACCAACUGUUUAAUCCAACAGUUUUCCAUGACUUUCGGCUUAAUUUUGCCAGACCUUGAUACCAUGUAGAGCAUUUUAAAGUUGUCUAUGGGUGGUAUUAGGCAGUUUUUGAGAGUAAAAAUAUUUUUAAUAAACAGUGUUAUGACCAGAACUGUAGUUCCUCCCAGUUUAGUCCAACGCAUAUGUCAGCUAAAUUUCAGGGUUUUUUUACCCACCAUAAUUCUUUACCAGACUCUUUCUAAAACCAUUUGUAAUUCAUUUCCAUUGUAUUUUGAAACAUGAUGCUGAUUAGCUCAUAGGUAGAAAUUGUUGAAAAAUUCAACUGACAACUGCUGAAUACCUUAAAUCUGGAGAUGUACUGUUUAAGUACAAACUUGUGACACAAAGUGGGAAGUGGAAAUGUAUCAAUGUAAAUUUCAUUGUCCACUCUCACUUGAUGAGGAAGUCAGAAUUAACUUGCUGAGUAUUGAGUACUAUGGUUAAGUUAAGAUUAUAAUGCACGUUUGUAAAACUAAGUUAUGACCUUUGUUUAGGGUACUUAAAAACUUGUACCUUGUGCAUUGAAACUUAAUAUUGUUGCAUAUAGGAACCUUACCAUGUGAUAUUGUGGCAUUUUUUUUCUGAAUUCAUGAAAAUUAUUUACAGGAAUGACACUUAGAUGAAAACAUUCACUAUGAUAUCAGUAUGAAAACUAGCUGAAGAUCAAUUUUUUUUCGAAUCGGUUUAACAGAAUGUCAUGCAAAUCAUUUUUUAGCUGAAUUUUCCGUUCAUUUUCUGGAAUCUUAAAAAAAUAGGGUUAUAUUUGACAGAAUAGAAAAGAACUUUAAUAAUUAUAAAAUGACUUGAACACGUUCCGAGCAUGCAAAACUACUUUUAACUUAUUUAGUUUUGUUACACAAGUAUCAAUAUAGAUAUUUUUUAGCUCACCUGAACCAGUGGGUCAAGAUGAGCUGUUGAUAUUGGUGGAUGGUCGAGUGUCCAUUUUCAACAUUUUAAUUUAGGCGACAAUAAAAUAAUUGCUAGAUUUUCAUCUCCGCCCGCCCACUCUUCUAACCCCCCACCCCCUAAAUUUUAUUGAACCAAAAAAAUGAAAAUGUUCAACUGGGCAUCGUAUCUGUAAGACAAGGGAAGUAACACAGUCUAUGUAUCUGCAUGCCGGUCCAGUACGGCGUUUACACUUGCCAUAUCCGGUGGUGUAAUGGUAAACAAAAUCAGCUGGGAAUCGGCAAAGAAUAUCAAUGGUUUUCGUAAUUGUUCAGGCCCUAAAAGGCCAGAAAGUUUUAUAAGAUUGGUAUGCCUGCCAGUUUAGCGACAACAAUACCUUGCUGGAUCUUUUCAACGAUUUUUUAUCAGGAAAAUUAGAUAGACAGACAUCUGUUGCCGACAAUGAAUUCAACAGUCGCAUCCGUGCCUUUUCCGGCGGAAGUAAACAUGACCAAACGGAGGGUAACCCAUCAACUAGACUUUCAGCUUUGGUUUCAUUUCUUGGACUGUAUAUUAAAUUUGUGGUAAAUGACAAUGAGUCCAGUGCAGACGCCGGGGUAUUUCUGGCAAAAAACCUUUGAUACCUAAAAGGGGUAAAGUAACAACCAAGAAGUAAUACCUGUGUAUAUGUACGUUUAUGUAUACACAUGAAAGAAGGAGUUUGAUAUUAAUAACGACAUAAAUGUGCAGUAAACACAUGAUUUGUGAUUUUUUAAUCAAAAGAAUACAUCUGUAUGGUCCCUUCAGCAAGAUAUAAAGAGUAUGAAUACAUGUUCAAUCAUGAAACAGUCAGCUAAGAAAAAUAAAAAAUAAAAUGUCACCCUCGCCCCCAUUUUGGAAAAAAUUUGGAUGAAAAUCUAGCAAUUUAUAGUGGCCUUAAACAUCACCUCUCAAACUACUGGCCACAAUUACACUAGACUGUAGCAUGCUGGCAAGGUUCACUCUUAAGUUUGGUCAAAUGAUUUCUUUGACCCCUUUUAAGGGCUGCUAGAGUUCAAAACAGAAAAAACCUUUCCACAACUUCUUUUCAUGAACCGUUUCAUGGAUCUUCUCCAAAGUUGGUCUUAAGCAUACUUGUGUAGAUCUCUCUCAAGUUUGUUCAAAUGAUCCUGCUUUGUACCUUUUAGAGCCUGCCAGAUCUAAUAAAAGAAAAACCUUUAAACGACUUCUCAUGAACCUCUUCAUAGAUCUCCACCAAACUUGGUCUGUAGGAUCAUUGUAUGGACCUCUCUCAAUUUUAUUUGAAUGAUUCUGCUUGGUCCCUUGUUUUGGACCACCAGAGCUAACAUAGAAAAAUGUCUAAACUACUUUUCAUGAACCACUUCAUGGAUUUUCAUCAAAGCUGGUCUACAGCUUCUAAUAAGGUUCUCCCUCGGCUUUAUUCAAAUGGGUAACUUGACCCCUUUUAGGGGCUACCAGAGCUAAAAUAACAACUGCUUUUCAUGAAUCACUUGAUUGAUCGUCAUGAAGCUGUAGCAUCCUUCGAUUGUCGUGUCUUGUUGAACUGAUUUUGGUUGACCCUUUUACAGCCAGAUCUAAAAAAUUUUAACAACUUGGUUUAUAGAAUCCUCUUUCAAUUUUCUUUCAACUGGUUGUGCUUAGCCACAUUUAGGUCAGACACUAGUGGGGUCGUCAGAGAGAAAAUAGAGAAAAUCCUUGUUACAACUUCUCAUGAACUGCGUAGAAAUAUUAUUUUAUGAACUAAUCUAUAGUAAGUUCUAAUAAGCCUCAAAAAAUAUAAAAUCCUUAAAUUGCUUUAUCUCUGACAAGAAUCUCUUUAUGAUAUUUCUUUAGUGCCUUAUCUUUCUGACAAUGAUGUGAACUCUUUACCUGGAAGUGAUCUCGGGCUGACAAACAACUGUCUGAAAACUGUUGUGUAAUGGUUCAGUGAAGCAUAUAAUAAAGCAUGGUCCAGGAGUGGAUUUUAUUAGAGGCAUGUUCUAAAACCGAAAGUGGACAAGUUUAUUGAAAUGAUUUUAACGACUGAUUUUUUAAAUGGAAAAAUAUCUUUUUUAUUGUACACUGUGAUUGAGUACUUUCUUCUAUAUAUUUGAUCGUGUUUAUUCAGAGUUAGAUUUUUUUGCUGCAUUGUUUAAAUGCUAUCAAUAUCAGUGAUAAAAGUGUAUUGUCAAGGUCAUAGAGCUUAUAAGUCCGGAUUUCUUUGUCAUGUCUUUGUGCAUUUCAGCAUUUGUGUUUUUCAUAUUAAACUCAGUUGUUGACAUUCAUGAUACAGUAUGUUAUUCAUAUCUUCAAGGUCAAAUAGUCACGGUCUGGUGAGCGGCUAAGGGCUAUUAUGGCCCUCUUGUAUUAAUCCUGCUACCAGGGUAAUCUGUUAAUAAUGAUAAAGCCUGAACAGAUUUUCUGGUAUGAAAAUAAUAAUCUCCAUAAUUAUGUAUAAUUAUAAGUGACACUAAUUUUGUCAUUUUGGUUUUGGUUUUUUUCAAACAGACUCAAGUAGUGGGUACACCACUCUAUAUUGUUUCUAUAAGUGCUAAUGUUAUUAUUUUAUCUAUGAAAAUGUUUUAUAUCAAUGUUUAUUUGUGAUUAUUUUCAGACAUGAGACUUUGUGAUAUUUGGUUAUAUGAACCAUACAUUAAUAACUGUAUACAAUGCUGAUGUCAAUUGUUAUUAAGUUACUUUUCCCCCCCAAGACAUAAAAAGCUUUAAGCAUUCUGUUAUUGGAAAAGCUUUAGCACUGAUAUAACCGACUUGUAAGACUGUUUACACUUUCAGUAUGAAAGAUUUUUAUCUGAAUUUUUAAGUACCCCGUAUUAUCAGAUAAUUUACAAAAACUUACUGAUCAGUGUGAAGCAGGCCUUUUUUCUCACCUGUGUGAGUAUUUUGAAUAAAAUAGUAGUGUAAGUUUACCUUAUCUUACUCUGUUUGCCUCAGUUCAUGUUAUGGACUUCUUUGUUUGAAGUGAGUGCACAACUUUGCCAUAUACAAAAAAAAACAUGAAAGCAACAUAAGAAAAUGGCAAUAAAAUCUACCAUCGAUAGAAUCCCACCCUCCGAUUGAGAUAUGUCCAGAUACAUUCUGGAAUCUUGUUUUUAGACAAAUUUCGGCUUCAGUUUGAGAUAUGUCCCAAUACGUGGUAGAACCGUGUUUUUGGACAAAUCUCGCCCUUGGUUAGAGGUUUUGUCCAAAUAUAUAGCAAAACCUUGUUUUUGGACAAAUCUCAACUUUGGGAUUUCCUUUCCCGCAGCUUGUUGGUGUUGUAGGUUUAUUUUUUCUCAAUAAUUGUGUAUAAGUGUACAUCAUGGAAUUAUAUCUAGAUACUUUGAUACAGGAAUUGAAUGGGAUAACUAGUCUUAAGUCUGCUUUUUUCUCUCUCUGUGAUGUUCAUAUAUGACAGACAAAAGGAUUAUGUUUUAGUUAAUAAUUCAACAAGUAUUAUUAGUUACACUGCUUGUUGGUGACAGGAUACGGGAUAUACGCUGUCGAGGAAAUCCAUAUUCGCUCGAGUCUGAUAUGGAUUUUUGAGGCAGCGUAUAUCCCAUAUCCUGUCACCAACAAGCUGUGUAACGAUUUUAUCUUGCCGACUACCCUUUACUUGCAUGCUAUAAUCUAAUAUUUUGUAAAGUAACAAAGCAACAGCCAUUUCUUAAAAUCAAAAUUCAUAUCUGAAAUGUACUAGCAGGAUAUGGAAUAUAUCCCGUCUCCACGUGACGUCUAUUGACCAAUAGAAAUGCAAGAAACUUGUAGGAGGCAAGAUAAAUGAUGAUAAGGUGUAUUUAACAAAACGGAAGCUUUUUAAAUAUUUAUAAUUGCAUAAACUUUCACCUAACAAUUUUUGCAGAACAACAGUGCUAUCAAUAACUUAUAUCAACAACAUAUUAUACUUUUUCAGUUCUUAACAUGUUUUCUAUGAAAAUAAAUUGAUUGAAAAAUGUU